UUUGGGCGCCAGUGAAUUGAAGAGACUCUCCACCUACCCGCUUUUCAUUUCCUCCACAACUUCACCAAACCAUCAAUUAAAGAAUAUACUAUUGUUUACUGCUAGAUAAUCACAUUUACCUAUGCAAAUGUAGCUCCUAAAACAGCAAAGAUACUCCCCAACUUGAAGGAUUCCUUUAGAUUCUGCUCAUGUUCUUUUCAGAUUGACAAUUCUGAAACUGCACUGCAUUUGUGAACUAAAAUGGGAGUCCUUAAGCUCACAGGCGCAGUAACACGUGGAACUAGUGGUAGAGAAUGUGCAAGAAAAACCUUAACGAAAGCUUUUUUAGUUAAGACUUCAAGAUGGAACAAUUAUCAUGGAUUAACAUUUGCAAAGAGAUCUAAAUUGGACAAUGUUGUUAAGAAUUGUGGGUUAGCUAGUGAUGACCAAGAUGUGGAUUCUUCUUAUCUUGAAGAGAAGUUUGGCUCAACCAGAGAUCAACUAUUAAAUGGGUCCUCAAGUGAAGGAGCUAUUGCAUUGUCAGGAACUUCUAUUGAUCAAUCCCCAACUCAGGAUGUACAAACCGAGCUUAUAAUGCUUUCAUUGCCUGCUAUUGCUGGACAAGCAAUUGAACCGUUGGCACAACUAAUGGAGACAGCUUAUAUUGGACGAAUGGGUGCAUUGGAGUUGGCAUCAGCUGGAAUUUCUGUAUCAAUCUUUAACAUAAUAUCAAAGGUGUUCAACAUCCCUCUCCUGAGUGUGGCAACAUCGUUUGUGGCUGAAGACAUCUCUAAGUAUGCAGAUGAGGAUUCAGCUGCUGCUGAAAGAAAAGCACUUCCGUCUGUCUCCACUGCCUUAGUUUUAUCUGCUGGGAUUGGUUUGAUUGAAGCUGUAGCAAUGUAUCUCGGUUCUGGACCAUUUCUCAGCAUCAUGGGUUUAUCAACGGAUUCAAGCAUGCGAAUUCCAGCAGAGCAUUUUCUUAAACUUAGAGCACUUGGUGCUCCAGCUGUUGUGCUUUAUCUGGCUGUGCAAGGCAUCUUCCGUGGUUUUAAGGACACAAGGACCCCCGUAAUAUGUUUAGGAUUAGGGAAUCUAUCAGCUGUAUUUUUCUUUCCCAUCUUGAUGUAUACUUUUCAACUGGGCAUCACUGGUGCAGCCAUUUCUACUGUUGCAUCUCAAUAUAUUGUGGCCAUUUUGAUGUUAUGGAAGCUUAAUAAAAAGACUGUAUUGCUGCUGCCAAGCAUUAAGAACUUGCAUUUUGGUGGCUAUUUAAAAUCUGGUGGUUUCCUUCUUGGGAGAACUCUAGCUGCUGUUCUUACAGUAACUUUGAGCACUUCAAUGGCCGCUCGAUUAGGAGCAAUACCCAUGGCCGCCCAUCAGAUAUGCUUGCAAGUAUGGUUGUCUGCCUCGCUACUAGCGGAUGCCCAAGCUGCAUCUGGUCAGGCUCUCAUAGCAAGUUCUUUUGCAAGAAAGGACUACACCAGAGUUAAAAUGAUCACACAUGUAGCUUUAAAGACAGGAAUAGCUACUGGAGUUUUGUUAGCCAUUAUUUUGGGUCUGUCUUUUCCUUCUUUUGCGAAGUGCUUCACAACUGACUCUCAAGUGCUAGAUAUUGUUAGAUCUGGUUUACUGUUUGUCAGUGCCAGUCAACCCCUUAAUGCUCUAGCCUAUAUUUUUGAUGGGCUCCACUAUGGUGUUUCAGAUUUCCCAUAUGCAGCUAUCUCCAUGAUGAUCGUGGGUGCAAUCUCUUCAGUGUUUCUACUUUAUGCUACUCCUAUAAUUGGUCUUCCUGGAGUUUGGUCUGGUUUGACUAUUUUCAUGGGAUUACGCUGUGUGGCUGGUUUCAUGAGGUUAUCAGUGAAAAAUGGUCCAUGGUGGUUCUUACAGGACUCACAAGAAAAUGAGGUUGCAAUAUCAUAGGAAUGCAUUGAGAUUAGAGCCUGCAGGCUUUUCAAAUGAAGUUAAAGCAUAGGGCAAUGGAGCUACAAUUGCACAACAGACCCAACAAAGUUGAAUCAAUACAUAAAUCAGCUGUGGUGUAAAAUUUUGCAACUAUACCUUGCCAUGUAGAAUCAUCUGUUACUGUUCUACUCAAACCUUAGGACUUCAUAGGCUCCAUUCUUUUACAAAGUUCGUAUAUUUUGAAGCCACAAAUGCCCUGUAAAUUUCAUUUGACAAAUAAAUGAAAGAAAAAUCUUCGUUUGUUUCUACUAUAAGUAGACCAAAUUGAACAGAAGCCUUGAAGUUUGGGGAAAAAGAUGAACAGAAAAAUAGAAAUAAAACAGAAUUCAUGAGUGGAUAUUCCCAUGUUCGACCUGAA